AUGAUGCCAGAGGCGUUCCCCCGGUGCGUGUGUCUGCUCCUGGAGGCGUUUGAGGGUGGGGACAACGCCAUCAAGCUCUCCGCAGCCCGCCUGCUGGAGAGGUGCCGGCCGUACUUCGGCGGGAACAUUCUCGCGGUUGAAGUGGCGCAGCGUGUUUCCCAAGUGCUUGGAUACCACGAUGACCCCACGACGAGAGAGCUGUGCCUUGAUGUUCUCUCUGCGGUGACGUUCGGAACGGGAGGGCUUCCCCGCGGAAUCCUGCUUGAUAUCGGUCGCUCUCUUCGAAGCCCGUUCCUCGCUGAGAGACGGGCAGCCGCCCGGGCGUACGCAUCGUGCAUGUGCGCACACAGGUCAUCGCCAUCGCCGCCGCCGCCGCCUACAUCCUCAUCGCUCGGCUCAGGAGGCCCCUCGCCCUCUCCCCCUGCCCUCACGCCGCGGACGCUGGAAGAGAUGUCUGCCCUCUCCUCGGCCCUGUUGCCGCUGCUCUCUUGCGAGGGGGGCGACGCACGAGUAUCGGGGUGGCGUGGGGGGGGCGGCGGAAGGGAGGGUGGUGGGUUUUUCCCCCGCGAUGUGGAAGAGUUGCUCGAGGCGGUGCUGUGGAAGGUUUCCGCCGCCCCCGCCCCCGCCGCCGACGCUCCCGCCGCCAGUAACCCAGCCCUGCGCGCGAUGGCCGUGGACUUCUUCGUGUCUCUGAUCCAUAUGGAGGCCGUCGAGAGGAGCAAGUUCGCGAUGGCGGCCGCCGAGGCGGCGGUGAAGGCGGCGGCGGUCGCCGAGAGGGAGGAGCAGGCCCGCAAGCAGGAGGCUCAAGAUGAGCCGAGGAAGAAGGAGGAUGCCACCAGCGGGGGCGCUUCUGCUUCCACCGCAAAAGCGGCACCGAGGGCUACCCCGCCGACCCCCGGGAGGAGCUCCGUCUGGCGCCUGCUGGACGCGUUCUCCGUCGCCUCGGAGGCCCACGGUGAAAAGGCCGAGCUGCUCUCGGUGCUCGGGGCGCCGGCCCUGGCGGUCGCCGUGCUGGAGGCGGAGGCCGUGGCGGGGGCGAAGAGCGCCGGGAAGAUGGCGGCGGCGCACGGCUUCGGAGACGCUGCCGGCGGCGGCGGCGGCGGCAACGGCGGCAACGGCGGCAGCGGCGGUGGUCGUGUCGGCGAGGAGGCCCACGCGCUGGCGAGGAUCCGGUUCCCGCUCGCCACCGCGGCGGUUGAAGCCUUCCGCCGCCUGUGCACGUCCCCUCCGCCUUCCACGACUACGUCACCGUCGUCGUCGACGACGUUAUCCUCCUCGAGCGUGCUGCUGCUGGCUUGCGCGUCGUCGCUGGUGAGCUACUCCGUCGCCGCCUUCCGGGAGACGCCGUUCUACCCGGCGGACGGCGGCGUCAGCGACUCCGCCGCGCGGCGAGAAAAGGCUCUGGCGGCGCUGGCGGAGUUCGCGGCGGAGGGCGUUCUCUCCUCGCUGCCCGUGCUCCGCCUGCUGUCUUCCAGGGGAAUCGGCGGCGGCGGGCCGGCGGCGGUGGCGGCGGGCGCGAGGCUGCUGCUGCCGCAGCUGCGCGCGCUGGCCGCCGUCCACGCGUGGCCGCGCCAAAGGGUAGCCUUGGCCGUCGCGAGGAGUCUCCGGAGAGUGCCUCCGACGUCAGCUCUUGCCGUGGAACUGGCGGUGCUGGUGUCUCACGUGGUGAGGGCGGGCGAGGUUGAUGACAAGGGGGGUGGGGGGGAGGGGGCGGGAACGGGGGGCGAAAAGCUGGGUGACCUGGAGAAGGCCGCCGUGGGCAUCGCCGUCGCGCUCAUGCGACACCACAGAGGGUCGCUCAGCCGACAGUCCACCCUGUCCUCAGCGCUCGUGGGAGCCAUGGGUGGCGGCGGCGGCAGCGGCUUGGCUAGUGACAACGACGCCGGUCCACCUUCAUCUGCUGCUGCUUCUGGAGGGGAAGGUGACCCCGGGACCGCGGGCGUGGGAUGCGGAGGGGCAGAAGCGGGGAAGAGGUGCCCGGCGGAGCCGGAGGGCACCGACCCGAUCGUCCUCGACACGUGGUACCAGCUGGUGCUCUGCCGGGAGUGCAUGCUUCACGGGUUUUUCGAGGCUGCAGGGGCCGGGCUGCGCCGGCUGCGGGAGGGGGGCCGACGGAAGGGAGGGGGGGCGGUGCUGCCGGCUUCUGACACGGUCUGGGCGUGGACGGAGGUGCUGGGAAAGGUUUCCGCGGCGGAGGCGUUCUUUGGGGGUUCUCCCGACCCGGUUGCUGCGCACGCCUGUGCGGCUCACGAGACCGCGCUCGCCGCGGAGUUGCUGGCUUCGAUUCCCCGCAGGUCAGCGGGACCCUGGGGGACCAGUCGCCGGUCACCAUCGGCGCAACCGCAGUCUGUCGCUGCCGCCGCGGCGGGUCACCGGGGUGAAGGCGGCGUCGCUGGCGUGUUUCGUGGCGGCGGCGGCGGCGGCGACUUGUUCGCGUUUCAGAGGGGGUUCUUGCUAGCCCGCGCCGAGCUGCUGCGGCUCCUGGGUGCCUGCUGGGGCAUGUGCCAGGUGACAACGACGAUGGGCGUGUGUCUGUUCUGGGAAGCCUUUCGUAGCCAGGGUGGUUUCGGGGGUUCGGUCAAGGAGUUGGCGACGCAGCGCAUCGCGAAUGCCAGCCGGAGGGAGGCGCGCUGCCGCCGCCUGCCCGCCGCCUUCCGCCGCCUGGCCAGGGACUUCCGCCUCCUUAGGGGUUUCGCCCCGGGUGCGGGGUCGACGACUUCGGAGCCCCUCCGAGCGGCGUCCUGCCUCUGCUUGUUCCUCGCCAUCGCUGCGGACGCGCUGCUGAGCCAGGGGAAGUCGGUCUUUGUGGGAUCGAGGGAGAAAGCCAACAACAAGAAGAAGACCUGGAGGGGCUGGCUGGAGCGAUUGGUGGCCGCGGGGGCGCAAGAGGAGGAGGAGGAUCGGGUCGGAGGCGGCGAGACUGAGGGCGCGCUGUUGAAGGCCGUGCGGUUGCUCGGCUCAAGGCUGCUUGGACUCUCGGACCCUCCAAAGGCCUCUAUCGGCCGCGUGGCCUUCUCGAGCAUCCUGGAGUCGGUGCGCGGUACCCCGUUCCCAAUUCCGAGAGCGUUCUUCCGGACGGGGGUGUCCCCUCGAGUCGCCCUGUCGGCUCUUCCCCCCGCCCCGGCGGCCGGCCUGACGGGUCCGGAUGACGUUGCCGCCGACGGCACCGGCAGUGCUCCGUGGGGAGGACAACCUCCGCCCCCCUCCAACCAGCACUCGUUUGACGAUUUCCCGCCGCCUUUAUCGUCAUCGCCUGUUACGAUGAUGGCUACCGCCUACGAGCCGAGCGGCGGCGGUGGCAUGAGCGUGGGGGAGAAGCGGCAGCGAAGGGACGGCGGCGCCGGGGCGAGGUACUACGGGCCGUCGUGCCGCCUUCGAGCCGACGUCGCAGAGGCCGAGCGCUCCCGCCGCCCCCGGUUGCCGCUGAUAUCCGCCGCCCCGGCCGUUUCGACAGCGGCGGGGUCGUCGCCUCCGCUGUCAUACUCUUCGCGCCCCCCAAACUCCGGCGGCGGCGGUCCAAGAAGAAACCCGUCGUGCCUGUCCUUUUCGGCCUCCGAAGCUUGGUGGGCGCAGCUGGUGAGGGAGGAGGUGAUGCUCGCUGCUGCUGCCCCUGCAGCCCCCAGCGGGCAGGCGGGUUUCGGCGCAAGCGGGAUCUGGCGCGCGCAUGCUGUCGGGCAGACGGGGGGGGCCGGGAUGUGGCUGCUGCAGGGUACGGUGUGUCGGGGCAGGGGAACGGGUGGGGUCUUGCCCGCUGUAUCCGAGGUGGUCUUGAAGAUUUCGGUCGAGCUGCCGCCUGCUGCUGUCGCAAGCGGGGGGGCUGCGGAUUCGCUGAGAGCUCAGGGGGAUCCAAAGCGGGAGAUCUCCAUGGCGACUAGAAAAUGGUCCAAAGAGGUGGUCGCGGAAUUGUUCGGCGCCCCGGCCGACUCCAGCACCGCCCUCUGCUUCCGCGCACAGGUUCACCUGCCUGCAUGCUCACCACCGUCCCUGCCGGCCGCGCGCAACGGCGGCGGCAGUGCCGGCGGCGGUGGCGUGAUGGAGGUGGCGGUGUGCCUGAGGAGCCGCGGGAAGCAGCAGCCCGACGAAAGGGCUAACGACACCGGCUUCGUGGCGUUAGGGAGCAGCAGCCGCGGCGGCGCCGACGCCCACCGAAGCGGCGGCGGCGAGAACGGGGAGAAGGAGGUGUGGGCGGUCGGGAAGGUCGCCGUUCCGUUGCCCCCAACGCCGACGUGGUGAUGAAAAAAUCCUUUUGAGAAAACAACUUUUCCCUGUCGUUUGUUCAACCGACUUGUUCAACCGGCUCUUGUUGGGGUAGAUGUGCACCAUAGUUUUUGCUUGCCGGGAGUGGGUCACCGGUGACAAAUGUCUUUUGGGUCAUGGAGGUGACGCCGGAAGCCCCAACGAGGGGUUGAGAUCGGUGUGCGGACCAAGGUUGUUUUGUCGGUGUGAGCUUCACCUGUCUUGGACUGCUGUGAGCUAGAGGGUCGACUGCUUGCUUGGAGACAAGCGGGGUGAGGAUCCAUCCCCCCCCUUCAACAAACAAUGAACAAGGGAGACAAUCGUGCUUGACC